ACCACUUCCGGGGCCGUAACUGUACGUCGGCGACGUUGGCCGGAGUUGGACCGCGGCGGCGAAUUGUUUAUUUAUUUGUGGUUUAUUUUGUGUUGAAGUUUAUUACCCCCCCCCCCCCCCGGUGUGGUGGGGAAGUCCAUUCUCGAGUGGAUCUCGAACAUUCAGUCCAAAUUCUGGCGUUUGUUCGCCGGAUGAGUUCGAGGUUUUCAGACGGGAGGCGCUUGGGCCCUGCCAGUUAGUUGGACGGACGGACAAAUAGACAGGCAGAGGGGGAAGCAGCCGAGCCCGGGGCGGGGGGGGUAGGUGGUCGGCUGCUUGCCUGCCCGCCCGGCCGACCCCGGGCCAGACAUGUCCUGCGUCCUGGUGAUGUGUACCUGCUCAUCGGUAGUUCGUCUUCUCCGCUCGUCUGUAACCUCCUCUGGACUGGGAUUUGGUUUUGCUCGAUUCCACUUUCCAUUCGUAGGACAUUCCUCUUGUUUUGAAACACAAAGAGGAACAAGAGUUCUUUGCAGGUCAUUUGGUGAAGCUAUUACAUUACUUGCGUCAAAAGAUGGCAGCACGAAAGAUACAUCAGGAGAUAGCAACAAGAAGUCUGUCAGCGAAGGAGGUAGCAAACGAUCAUCUGGUUCAGGUGGUUCAGGGAAGGGUGGAAGCCAACUACGGUGCCCUAAGUGUGGUGACCCAUGCACACAUGUGGAGACUUUCGUUUCUUCCACUCGCUUUGUGAAAUGUGAAAAAUGCCACCAUUUUUUUGUGGUACUAUCUGAAGCAGACUCCAAGAAGAGCUUAAACAAAGAGCCAGAAUCAGCAGCAGAAGCUGUGAAAUUAGCUUUCCAACAGAAACCACCACCACCUCCGAAAAAAAUUUACAGUUAUCUCGACAAAUAUGUGGUUGGUCAGUCCUAUGCCAAGAAGGUACUUUCAGUUGCCGUAUACAACCACUACAAGCGCAUCUAUAACAAUAUUCCAACUAGUCAGAGACAGCAAACAGAAGUGGAAAAACAGGCCUCACUAACACCUCGGGAGUUAGAAAUCCGAAGACGAGAGGAUGAGUACAGAUUUACAAAGUUGCUACAGAUUGCAGGCAUCAGUCCACACGGUAAUGCACUUGGAGCCUCCAUGCAACAGCAAGCAAGUCAGUCAAUUCCCCCAGAGAAGCGAGGAGGAGAGGUGCUUGACUCGACUCAUGAUGAUAUUAAGUUGGAGAAAAGCAACAUUCUGCUCCUUGGUCCCACAGGAUCAGGCAAGACCUUACUAGCGCAGACCCUUGCCCGAUGCCUAGAGGUUCCCUUUGCUAUUUGUGACUGUACUACCCUGACCCAAGCUGGAUAUGUAGGUGAGGACAUCGAAUCAGUUGUGGCUAAACUCUUACAGGAUGCCAAUUAUAACGUGGAUAAAGCUCAGCAAGGAAUAGUCUUCUUGGAUGAAGUAGAUAAGAUUGGCAGCGUGCCAGGGAUUCAUCAACUACGUGAUGUGGGUGGUGAAGGUGUUCAGCAGGGGCUGUUGAAGCUGCUUGAGGGCACAAUUGUCAAUGUUCCAGAAAAAAAUUCAAGGAAAUUACGAGGAGAGACUGUUCAAGUGGAUACAACUAAUAUUUUAUUUGUGGCCUCUGGUGCUUUCAAUGGUCUGGAUCGGAUUAUCAGCAGGAGAAAGAAUGAAAAGUAUCUUGGAUUUGGCACCCCGUCUAAUCUUGGCAAGGGGAGAAGGGCAGCAGCUGCUGCUGAUUUAGCAAAUACAAGCGGUGACAAUAAUACUGUCCAGGAGUUAGAAGAAAAGGACAGGUUACUUCGCCACGUUGAGGCCCGGGACCUGAUAGAAUUUGGAAUGAUUCCAGAAUUUGUAGGACGUCUGCCUGUGAUAGUUCCACUACACAGUUUAAAUGAGGACACACUGGUGCGAAUUUUAACGGAACCUCGAAAUGCUGUAGUCCCACAGUACCAGGCUUUGUUUAGUAUGGAUAAGUGUGAUCUUAAUGUAUCUGAGGAUGCCUUGAGAGCCAUAGCUCGACUUGCUCUGGAAAGGAAGACUGGUGCCAGGGGCCUUAGAUCGAUCAUGGAAAAGUUGCUGUUGGAGCCUAUGUUUGAAGUGCCAAAUUCAGACAUUGUAGCCGUAGAAGUGGACAAAGACAUUGUGGAUGGAAAGAAACCACCCGCAUACAUACGAGCCCCGUCUAAGGAACCUGUUGAAGAAGAAUACGAUUCCGGUGUGGAAGAUGAUCGGUGGCAUCGCCAAGCAGAUGCAGCUAAUAAUUAAACAGCUAUUAUUUGGAGCAAUUUGUGCAAAAAAAAAGCCUCAUACAAUAUGAAAGUAUUUUACUUUUUAAUUUUAAAUGUGUUAUUAACCCAUUACUCUCACCAGAGAGUUAUUCUUCGAAGAGAACAGCUUUUUGGAAAGGGCUGAAAGACUCCUCCCUUUGACAUGAUCUCAGCAGACCAGUGAAACUGAUCACGUAUUUGUAUAAUAGCAAAAUUUUGUACAGUGGCCAUUAUGCUCUGUGAAUUUUACUGUAAACACAUUUUGGAUGUGUUUGUUACAAUUUUUAGCAGCUGCUUCCCUACAGUAACUGUUUAGGAACACAAGAUGCAUCUUUGCACCCCAUGUAAAGAACAGAAGAUCUUACCAAAUAUCCCUUUAAUUUUCUUUGCAUCUAGAAAUUUUGCUGUUACUUUGAGCUAGAUGUGCUGUGGUCAAAUUACAAAGUUUUCUUUUAAAAUUUAGAUUCCCUGUUUGCAUUUAGUAUUGAGGAAUCAAAUUGAGGCACAAGAAGUGUCAAUGGGAUUAAACAAUAAACAGGUUUUAUUAACACAGUAUUGCAGGGAUUUCAGCUUCAAUUUUUUUGAUUUCAAUAGUUUGAACAUGAUUUUGAUUUCAUUUUGCUUGUGCUAAAGUAUACAUAAUAUUGUUUUAGAUGCAUUUAAUAUGCUGCACAAGAAACAAACCCAUAACAUUUUUCUGAACUUCCUUUUAUGCUAUUGUUGACCAGAAACAGGAUGGAUUUUUGUCCUUUUAAAAAUUGACUUCAUUGCAACAUUAAAGGAUUUGAAGAUGAA